AUGUCAUCGAAGACCCAGGCCCCGACCGUACCGACAAACAUGCGUGCCUGGGUACGCCGGCGACGCGGUCCUGCUAGUAGCGCGCUCGAGCUGACCACUGACUAUCCAACGCCCGACGUGCCCACAGGCUCGUCGUCCGACGUCCUAAUCCGCGUGUCAAAUGUGUCACUACAGUUCAGUUCUGAGCUGAUGAUGAAGAUUCUGCCUAAACUACCUUUCACCCGCCCGUGGGUCCCGGAGCUUGAGCUUUCCGGUGUGGUGGUGGCAGCUGGCGGGGGUGCACCGGUAGAGCUGCGCGAUCCCGGCGUGCACGUCAUUGCCUUUCAGAACAUUCCUGCCGUGGCCAUGGGUCACGGCGUUCUGGCAGAAUAUGUGCGACUGCCUGGCUCCCAAGUCGCACGAAUCGAUGAUGGUGUUGAUAUGGCGUCGGCCUCGGGCACCAUCGGGGCCGGUAGUACCGCGCUUAAGAUGAUCCGCACGGCCGGUGUGCGCGAGGGUCACACGGUGCUCGUGAAUGGGGCUAGCGGGUCGGUCGGGUCAGUGCUCGUGCAGUUGUGCAAACUGCGUGGUGCAAAGGUGGUCGGCGUGGCUAGCGGAGGCAACGAGCCUAUGGUUCGUGAUCUAGGUGUAGAUGAGUUCAUCGACUACCGCGAACAUGAAUUGCUGCCAGCCUACCUUGUGCAGCAGUAUGGCGACAAGCCGUUUGACUUUUUGCUUGACUGCGUUGGCACGCAAGCGCUUUUUGCCAACUCUCCAGCUUAUCUUAAGCCCGAGGGAGCUCUUAUAAAUAUCGGCAUGCUCGAGGGGACAUAUGUGACGACGUGGAACGUACUGCUCAAUAGCUGGCUGCCCACAUGGCUGGGCGGCGUGCCGCGUCGCUAUAUAAUGUUCAGCACGCCACCUUCGUGUGACGACGCGGUCUAUCUGGCACGUCUGAUUGAGGAGGGCCGCUUGCGUAUCCCUGUCGACUCUGUCUUCGAGAUGAAGGAUGCCAUACGCGCCUACGAGCGCAUCGCCACAAAGCGUGCGCGUGGCAAGGUCGUGGUUAAGGUGCAUGACGACUAG